AGAAUAGGAAGUCAUACAACUAUAUUUACAUAAGGAUUUAAUCUUGUUUUCCUAGAUAACUAUGGUUUUAAGUUUUUCUAGUGUCAAAAUAUUUUACUUGGUAUAAAUACCAAGCUUCAUCAUUAAUAAUAUUCAAGAUUUCAUUAAUCUCAUAAUAAGAUUUGUCAAUGAUCACCUCUUUUUUUGUCUAAUCUUAGAAAUAAAUUUUAAAACAAAUAUACCAAUCCAAUCACCUCAACUAAAAUUCAACGACACAUACAUCGAGUCAACUAAAUAAAUACAAACUACACGAUCAGCUAUUUAACAAUUAAAAAAGUUUAAAAUACGGAAACUCUAUUAGAGUCGAAAGCUAGGAAUAGUGAUUGAAAAUAUUUUGGACCAGUUGGGACCCAAAUAUUUAUGGGUUUUCGGGUUUUGGGCUGGACCAGACUAGACCGAACCAUCCCAAAUGACAUCUAAAUGAAACCAUUUUAUUUCCAAGUACGUAAGAGGACUUCUGCAAUUUUUAUAAUAAGAAAUAUAAUUAAAUACUAAAUUUGUAUUCUAAAAUUUUAAAAUCUGCUACUGCAUGAUGUUUUCAAGUUUUUAAUACAUAUUUAAUAUUAUUUGUUUUAAAUUUUGUAAACCCUUUAGAGAUACUAGCAAUAAAAAAUGUUUUAUUGUUUUGGGUUACACCUAAUUAGUAAUUAUAUUAAUUUGAUCAUGGGCAUUAACGAUAAGUCUGGCACAUAUUAUUUUAGUCAUUGCCAUUUAACUAUAAGUCACUCUGACAUUAGUAACGUGUCUUUAUCGGUUUAAACAAUGUCAUUUAACAGUAUCACUCGGCGAUGGAAACAAUGGGAACGUUAUCAACGUGAAACAUACUAAUAACUAAUUGCAGUGUCUAUUAUAUACACCGUCAACGGUCAACAUUUCCUAAUUUUCGGUGUCCACAACCGAAUGAAUGGAUACCCAUUUUUGGCAGAUAUUAAUUUAACAUGUUUAUUGAUAGCAAAAAUAUUGCAAAGAGAUUUCCGGAAAUCAAAAUUUUUAAAAAUUUACUCUUAAUCAAAAAGAAAUUAUUGACUAAGAAAAGCCUUAUGGUAUAAAAGUUUUCCUAAAUAAGAAGGAAUAAUUAUCAAUAGCCAUUUUUAUUAAUUCAUUUGGAUUAAGUAGUACUAAUUUUCUGUGUGAUUUACUUUUCAAGAUUUAUAUUCAAACAUUAAAUAAUCUCUGCCUCGAGAUUCAGUCUUUAAAUAUAAAAACAGAGUUAUAAGUCUCGGUCCUCGUAAUUUUCACAAGUCUCUGCCUAUAUUAAUAGAGCAUCAACACAAGAAGAAGAAGAGAGCAGCAACAAUGGAGAUCAUCAGUAACGAGAAAAAUAAACUCUCGAGACAAUCUUCUUCCUUCCGGCUACGAAGUCCCAGUCUAAACACUCUUCGUCUCCACCGUAUCUUCGACCUAUUCGACAAAAACAACGACGGAUUCAUCACGGUCGAAGAAUUGAGUCAAGCCCUCUCACGACUUGGUCUCGAUGCCGACAUCUGCGAGCUCAAACCAACCAUCGAAUCUUUCAUCAAACCUGACGAGACCGGACUCCGGUUCGACGGUUUCGAAGCACUCCACAAAACACUAGACGAAUCCUUCUUCGGAGGAGACUGCGAGUGCGACGGAUCUCCGGAUUCGGAUCUGGAAGAAGCUUUCAACGUGUUUGAUGAAGACGGUGAUGGAUUUAUAUCUCCCGAGGAACUUCAGAAGGUUUUGAAGAAGUUAGGGCUUCCUGAAGCAGUAGAGAUUGAACACGUGGAGAAGAUGAUUGUCUCUGUAGAUAGCAAUCACGACGGUCGCGUUGACUUUUUUGAGUUCAAGAACAUGAUGCAAACUGUUCUUGUCCCUUCCUCUUGAAUCUUCAGUUAAACUUUCUCGUUUGGUUUCUUUCCUUGAACGCAGAACAAUUUUAAGAUAACUAUUGUGUAAUGCUUUUUUCUGUUUCUUUCUUCGAUAAGGAUCCAAUCCAUGAUGUCUCUUCGAUAAGCCCAGCGUUGUUACAGUUUUUUGUGUCUUUAUUUGGCCCCUCUACGUUUGACUGACCAUGCAAUGGCGUGACAUGGUUCUACAAUCAUACUUAUCAACUUUCUCUUAGCCGCUGAGAGGCUGAGUGUACUGUAUAUAGAACCAUACAAAAAUCCUCAUAAGAUAUAUAAAAUUACAGGUUGUAAAUU